UCUAGUGAAGUUAAGAUCGUGGAUAAGUUAAGCUUUAAAAUGCCGUGCAGUGAGGAUGAUGAUUCUCAAAGUGGUUUCAUGUCGGAGCCAUCUCACUCAAUGUCCAAAGCGGAAUUGCGUAAGACAAAUAAACCGAUAAUGGAGAAAAAGCGGCGCGCGCGCAUUAACAAUUGUCUCAACGAGCUGAAAGAUUUAUUAAUGGAUGCAAUGGACAAAGACCCAGCGCGUCACUCAAAGUUAGAAAAAGCAGACAUCCUGGAGUUAACCGUAAAACACCUGCAGACGUUACAACGACAGCAGCUGGCUGCUGCUAUAGCUGCUGACCCAGCAGUGCUGCACAGAUUUAAAGCUGGCUUCGGAGACUGCGCGGUUGAAGUUCGGAGAUACCUCUCCAGACUAGCUAGCGUCCCAACUGGACUUCGUUAUCGUCUAGGAAACCAUCUAAAUACUUGUAUAACUGGUAUCGAACGCCUCCAUCCCGCGGACUAUCCUCCAUUAAUUCCUGAUCCUCUACGUCUCGACGACGAAAGACCAAGCGCCUUCCACUAUGUCAAGUCUACGAAACCCACAAGCCCACCUCUGAGCCCGCUAUCCUGCGACUCAGCGUGUGACUCCUCAACAGAACUGGAGACACCUCCGAGACCAGUGCAAAAGUUUCCUUUCCCGACUCCACCCAGUCAUUCUGCAUCGGAUCAAGAUUCGAGUCCAGAACAGAAGGCCACGGUAUCCUCAACAACAAUAUCUCCAGAAACUUUGAAACAGGAAGCUCUAAGGAAAAAGAAAUUUAUGGAACCCUUGUCUAUAGUGAUCGACGUUGAAAACUAUAAAAUCGGUAUUGACGCGUCUCCGAAACGUGCAGUUGAUUAUUCGAUGCGUCAAAAGUUAAAACGACACGUCGAAACUAUUGGGCCGAUGCCGAAGUUAAUACGAUUAGAGGGAGAGAGGACCAUAACAUUACCAGAAAAGAGCCUCUCCGACAGAUUGGGAGGCACGUGUGAAAAGCUAGAACCGGAGAGAAAAGUGAUGGCUGAGCAUUCUGCGUUUAGAAAGGUUACAGGAAUAUUACCUUACCCUGAACGGAAACUGACAAUUCCCGAAAGCAUACCAGCGGUCGCCGAAAAACAUUCGCUUGAGAAAAGGUUGAAUACUCCUAGGACAGUGAUAAGUCAUACAGCGGAGUCGUUAGCUCAGUCUAGUUCACAAGCGAUAAGGAAAGUUGAAAAAGAUUCCAAAGAAAGUGAAGCAGAUAGUUCAAAAUCUCCAGAACAGAGCACGUCUAGUUCCGAAAUGUGGAGACCUUGGUAAUAACAGAUAGAUAUAUCUAUAUAAUAUAUAGAAUUUGUCUUCCAUAUUUAUUUUACCAAAUGAAGUGCCUAAUGUAAUGACUUGAUAUUAUAUUUUUGAUACGAAAGAACUCGUUGGAGUACAUUUUUACGAACAACGCAUAAAUGAAUUUCUUAAUUAUUUUAAGAAAUGUGUAAUAUAAUUACA